AUGCGAAAGACUGCUUGGUCGUCAUCUAGCUCAGUCCCAUCGGACUUCAUCCGCCCCAGCCGGGCCACACCCUCGCCACAGCCGAAAGGCAAGGUGACGAAGGUGGCGAAGACACAGGCGCCUCCACGCAGCAAAGCCAUCCGAAAGCUCGAGAGCUAUCUGCAGCAGCUGCAGAGUUCCAGCGGAGAAGAUAAAGAUCCCAAGGGCGGGUGCUUCUGCCAGGCCAGGGAACACCAGCUCGCGACGGUGAGCCCGAUCUGCCUCGGCUGCGGGCUUGUGACGUGCGAGCUCAACCAGCCGUACUACGCGUGCCCGCACUGCGCACACGCGGCGCUCACACCGGCCCUGCGCGCCAAGCUCGUCGCGGACACGGAGGAGCGCAUCGCGCGGACGCUCGCGGACGAGGAGCGCGCGCGCGAGAGAGAGGUCGAGCAGGCGCGCCUCGCCGCGGGCGCGUUCCCCACGCUCGGGGGCGGGGGCGCAUCGACGCCGCCGCUGCAGCCGACUUCGACGCUGUACGGGAACGGAGGCGGGCUGCGCCCUCCACCCCAGCAGCAGACGCACAAGGUGCUCUCGCUCAACGCGAAGACGAAGAAGCACACGCUCGCGACGUACUCGGCCUCCCCGUCGCCGUCCCCCUCGCGCCCCGCGUCGCGCGCGGAGAGCGUCGAGGAGGAGCCGCACAGGGUCCCCCCGCCGCUUGCGUCCUGGGAGGCGGGAGGCGGGGGCCUGACGGACUCGGCGAGGCCGUUCAAGAAUCCCGACUUUCCGAAUCUGAGGUAUGUCCCGCCGCCAGCUGCUGAGGGCGCGAAACCGAGCAGACGGAACAAAGGCAAGGGC